AUGGCGGCGGGUGAUGCGUGGCCGCUCGGACCGCGCGCUCUGCAGUGAUGUCCGCGCCCGCGCCCCACGCCCACGGGCGCACCCCCGUGCGGCGCAGGGGGCACCAACACCACCCGCGGCUGAGGGGCGACCGAGGGCCCGCCCCCGGGGCACCCGCCGACUUAAUUCCGUCCAAACAAGUGACCUUACUCGGCCAAACAGACGAUGUUGUGCCUUGUGUCAAUAGUGUUAGUGAAUCUCAAAGAUUGACAAGGACGAAUAGUGACGAUGCACUUUCCAAUCGAAAUACAAUCGAGGACUCGAAUAUCGAUGAUGAAACUGAAUUUAAUGUUAGAGCUGACUCGAUUGGCAGCUCGGAUGACGAUUUCUCCUUUCGGGAGGAGAGAUCCGCAGGUGACGGUGCAGACGUGACUGUGCUAGCCUCUGAUAUAUCCGACGAUGACCCCGAGACGGCUGAACUGGCUAAACUUAGGUGUACUAGUGAAUGUACUGAGGUGUUGGCUGCGAGGGAGAACCGACGGCGGAGAAGAUGUGCCGAUUAUCCGGGCCUCGCGUUCGGCAGCUCCAUAUUCUCGUCGGAUACGAUGAUGAAAUUUUCCAUCAUCAAGAAUGAGUUGCAGAACAUAAAGAAUACGGCGUUGAAAAGGGCCGAAUCCGAAGUUGCUGCGCUCAACCGACGCAUCCAACUGCUCGAGGAAGACCUAGAGAGGUCAGAGGAGCGUCUCGCUACCGCCACCGCUAAACUGGCGGAGGCCAGCCAGGCCGCCGAUGAAUCGGAACGUGCCCGCAAGGUCCUCGAGAACAGGUCGUUGGCCGAUGAGGAGCGUAUGGACGCCCUGGAGAACCAGCUGAAGGAAGCCAGGUUCCUCGCUGAAGAAGCUGACAAGAAAUACGAUGAGGUUGCUCGUAAGCUCGCCAUGGUUGAGGCUGACUUGGAACGUGCUGAGGAGCGCGCCGAGACUGGUGAAUCCAAAAUCGUCGAGCUUGAAGAAGAGCUCCGCGUGGUCGGUAACAACCUGAAAUCCCUAGAAGUCUCUGAGGAAAAGGCCAACCAACGUGAAGAGGAGUACAAAAAUCAGAUCAAAACCCUCACAACCCGCCUAAAGGAGGCUGAAGCUCGCGCUGAAUUUGCUGAGCGCUCUGUGCAAAAACUCCAGAAGGAGGUCGACAGGCUUGAAGAUGACCUGAUCAACGAAAAGGAGAGGUACAAUGACAUCGGCGAUGACAUCGACCUCACUGUCGUGGAACUCAUCCCGGGCAUCGAAAUGACGGACAAGCAAAGAGAGCUGGCCAAGCGGCGGGCAGAGAAGAAGAUGAAUCAGCCACCGCCCAAGGAGCCCAGCCCACCUCCACCGCCGCCAAAGGAACCUACCCCUCCUCCCCCACCCCCACCGAAAGAGCCCACCCCUCCUCCAGCGGAACCUGCACCCGAACCAGCCCCCGCUCCUGCCGAUGCACCCCCUGCCGAGGCACCCCCUGCUGAAGCACCCCCUGCCGAGGCACCGCCUGCUGAAGCACCCCCUGCUGAAGCACCCCCUGCUGAAGCACCCCCCGCCGAACCCGCCCCCGCCCCCGCAGAAUAAUCUUAACCCUCCAGUACAUUUACGCGCCCCCCUCCUGUUCCUUUAACAAAUACCAAAUCAUAUAGAAAAAAUAAAUAUUUUUUUGUCAUGUAAAUAAAUCGCAAAAAAAUCUUAGCUGGUGGAAUAGCGUUUAAUUGGCACCCUUAAAUUUAGUGAUACUCAUUUCAAAAAGCAUGCGUGUUUUAAUGGACUAAUAAGAGUGAGGCUACUGACCUGGCCGGCCUUCGCAGACGAUCUGAUCGCCGGCAAGGAGCUAUAUCAAAAUAUCGACGCGGAGCUGGAGGUGGCUUUCAAGGAGCUGGGCAUUUCGACGGCAGUCGCGCGUGGCUGCGAGCGAUGCCCGCGCUGCCAUUGAACACAGUCGCCGAAUAACGCUUUACGUCUCACGCUUUUCAUGUGCAUUUAAUACGGACCAGUAAAAAUAUCCCAUCACAUUUCUAUCUUUCAUAAUACCCAACAAACCUCGAUAGUCAACGCUUUCUGCAUGUAUUUGAAAGUGUCAUCGAUCCGUUUUAAAGCAAAACUUAAGGCUUAAAUAAAGAGAGAUCCGACGCAUGGCUUCGGAAUAACCAGGAUGGCAACAUGUAAGCAUUUUUUUUGUACUUUACUAUAUAUAUUACACAAUUUCUUAAAUAUGACGCUAAACCUAAUUCUGAGCUUCAAAACUUGACUUGUAAGAGUUUUUGUGAGAUACG